AUGGCGCCUAUUCAACUUCGUAACGACAACUCAGGCUACAACACCGAGCAAAAUCUGUUUGCGGGUAUUAUAGCCCUGUCUUGCAUCCUGUUUAUCGUCAUUGUAUGGCUUGCUAUGAUGUUUUCCAGAGAGCGCAAGCUUGCCCUCCAGGCUCUAUUACUAGAGCAGGUGGCCGGGGAGACGUACACCAAGUACUCAGUACAAAAGGCGCGUUUCGAAGCAGAACUUCUCCACGCCAAGGAGGAGUUGGAGCAGUCCAAGGAUAGCGCGGCUGAGCUGCAGAAGAAGGUUGACGAGCUGGAGGAGAAGGAGAAGGUGAAGGUGAAGGCCGCCAAGGACGCCAAACUUGCAGUAUGCGACAUAUGUGGCGCGAUCCGACGCUACAUGAAAAGCUCUCCUCGCCAGUCGAAAACUGACGCGACCUCAACCCGUCCUUUCCAGGCGACUGUAAUGUCAGCACCCACCAGCCCGCUCUGGGCGCCUGUGUCUCGCGACUAA